CAAACAAACACAAACAUGAAUAAGACAGUAGAAGCAAAUAAAACAACAGGCUUACCCACAAUCAUCCCCACACCACAACACCAACCAAACACAAUCGUUAAAGAGACAGUAGAAGCAAAUAAAACAGGAGACUUAGCCGCAAGCACCUUCACGCCACGACUCCAAACAAACACAACCGUAAAUAAGACAGUAGAAGCAAUUAACACAUCAGGCUCACCCACAAGCAUCCCCACACCACAACACCAAACAAACACUACCGUGAAGGAGACAGACAGUAAAACAUCAGGCUCACCUACAAUCAUCCCCACACCACAACACCAAACAAACACAACCGUGAAGGAGACAGUACUAGUAGAAGCAAAUAUAACAUCAGGCUUACCCACAAGCACCCCCACACCACAACACCAAACAAACACAACCGUGAAGGAGACAGUACUAGUCAAUAACACAUCAGGCUCACCUGCAACCACUCCCACACAACAACACCAAACGAACACAAACGUGAAUAAGACAGUACUAGUCAAUAACACAUCAGGCUCACCCGCAAUCACUCCCACACAACCACUCUCAUCAAAUACAUCCGUGAAUAAGACAGUAACAGACAGUAACACAUCACGCUUACCCACAAUCAUCACCACGCUACAACACCAAACAAAUACAACCGUGAAUAAGACAGUACUAGUAGCAGCAAAUAACACAUCAGGCUUACCCACAAGCAUCCCCACACCACAACACCAAACAAACACUACCGUGAAGGAGACAGACAGUAAAACAUCAGGCUCACCUACAAUCAUCCCCACACCACAACACCCACCAAACACAACCGUGAAUAAGACAGUACUAGUAGAAGCAAAUAACACAGCAGGCUUACCCACAAGCACCCCCACACCACAACACCAAACAAACACAACCGUGAAGGAGACAGUAACAGACAGUAAAACAUCAGGCUUACUUACAAUCAUCCCCACACCACAACACCAACCAAAGACAAAUGUGAAUAAGACAGUAACAGACAGUAAAACAUCAGGCUCACCCACAAUCAUCCCCACACCACAACACCAAACAAACACAACCGUGAAGGAGACAGUAGAAGAAAAUAAAACAACAGGCUUACCCACAAUCACCCCCACACCUCAACACCAACCAAACACAAUCGUUAAAGAGACAGUACUAGUCAAUAACACAUCAGGCUCACCCGCAAUCACUCCCACACAACCACUCUCAUCAAAUACAUCCGUGAAUAAGACAGUAGAAGCAAAUGAAACAUCAGGCUUACCCGCAAGCACCCCCACACCACAACACCAAACAAACACAACCGUGAAGGAGACAGGACUGGUCAGUAACAUAUCAGGCUCACCCGCAAUCACUCCUGUACAACCACUCCCCUCAAAUACAUCCGUGAAUAAGACAGUACUAGUAGAAGCAAAUAAAACAGGAGGCUUACCCACAAGCACCCCCACACCUCAACACCAAACAAACACAACCGUGAAGGAGACAGUAACAGGCAGUAAAACAUCAGGCUCACCUGCAACCACUCCCACACAACCACUCUCAUCAAGUACAUCCGUGAAUAAGACAGUAAGAGACAGUAACACAUCAGGCUUACCCACAAUCAUCACCACGCUACAACACCAAACAAACACAAACAUGAAUAAGACAGUAGAAGCAAAUGAAACAAGAGACUUACGCACAAGCACCUUUACGCCACAACACCAACCAAACACAACCGUAAAUAAGACAGUAACAGACAGUAAAACAUCAGGCUCACCUACAAUCAUCCCCACACCACAACACCAAACAAACACAACCGUGAAGGAGACAGUACUAGUAGAAGCAAUUAACACAUCAGGCUCACCCACAAGCACCCCCACACCACAACACCAAACAAACACAACCGUGAAGGAGACAGUAACAGACAGUAAAACAUCAGGCUUACUUACAAUCAUCCCCACACCACAACACCAACCAAAGACAAAUGUGAAUAAGACAGUAACAGACAGUAAAACAACAGGCUCACCCACAAUCAUCCCCACACCACAACACCAAACAAACACAACCGUUAAAGAGACAGUACUAGUCAGUAACACAUCAGGCUCACCCGCAACCACUCCCACACAACCACUCUCAUCAAAUACAUCCGUGAAUAAGACAGAAAACCUAAACCUAAGCACCCCUGACUCCACACUCACUACCCUCAACACGACCCCAACCUUACCCACACGCAUGCCCACAACAACAGGAAAAACUCCCAAGUGCAACUUAACCUUGGAUGUGGUAAAUUAUCAAGUGAGGGUAAAAUUGGACAACGAGGACACAGGAAAUUACGACAUCACGUUCACAAAUGCAUUAAAUAACAGCGAUGAAGUGAAGAAACGUUCCCCUGUUGCAUUUAAGUUACUAAAGCCUUGCCAAAAUUAUAAUGUCACUGUUAAUCCUUACUGUGAACUCGUGACUGGAGGAUAUUUUAAAACUCCUGAAUUUGAUUCCUCAACUGUUACCUCCGAACUAAUGACUGAGAAAGGGGAACUGUGUUUUUAUGAGAAAAUUUGGGAUUUGAACAAAUGUAUUAAAUAUAAGAGCGAAGGCUUCUGCGCUAACAAUUCUGUGACUUUUGACUUCUGCCAUAAACCGAUAAAUUUCAGAAAUCCCCCAGUAAAGCCUGUUAUUAAAUAUACAAACAACUUUCCACCAACAUUUAAUUGGACCAAUAAGCCUUCAACGUGCCACGAUUGUCUCAAAUACAGCUGCAAUGGGUCAACAGAUUUGAAAAAUUUUAUACCUUUACAUGAUUAUGAAUGCAAAGGGAUAUAUGAUUAUUAUUUGAAUGAAAAUGUUACAAGCGAUCCCAUCCCAGUAAAAUAUAACUGCGAUUUAAAGAAACCCACUAUCAGUGUGAAUGAUACCAGCAUACAAGCAUCCUGGGACUUCACUAACACAAACUGCACAGAUAUUAUUAAUAACCUCAACUGGGAGAUUAACUGCAACCCACCUGAAGGGAAAGUUAAUCAAGAAGACAAGAUAAUUAAGGGUUUGAAACCCUAUAAGGAUUAUGAAUGCACCUUAACAGUCAUGUAUGACACAAAACAUACAAUUCAUACCGAUAAAACUAACAUAAAAACACAGAGUUCAAGACCCCCCAAAGAAGGAACAAUAACCAAAGUAAACCCAAUUGGCAAUAAUGCCUUCGAAGUGAAAUGUGAAAUCCUAGAAUGGAAUGGAAAGGAUGGUCAUAUUGUUGUAGAAUAUGGUCCGAAACCUGAUAAGAAGAACUGUACCAAAAAACAAUGUGAUAUUGUCUUAGAUAACCUCUACUAUUUAACAACAUACACAAUUAAGGUGUAUGCCAUAAAUGGUAAUGGAAAUAAAACAUUAAUCUAUGAAGACAACCAUGACACCAAAUACAAUGACAAAGCUGUUCUUGGAAUUCUGAGCUUUCUCAUCAUUAUCACGUCUCUCGCACUCUUGUUUGUCCUGUACAAAAUCUACCUUUUAAAGAAAGAAAAAUCAAGGAAUGAGCAAGAACUGGACGACCUUCUUCCUACAAAUGCACUGCUCCAGGUGGAACCCAUGAGUGCUGAAGCUCUGCUGGAGGCGUAUAAGAGGAAAAGAGCUGAUGAGGGACGUCUGUUCAUGGAAGAAUUUCAGAGCAUUCCACGUAUUUUCUCCAACUACACAGUCAGAGAGGCCAAAAAGCCUGAAAACCAACCAAAGAAUCGCUAUGUUGAUAUUCUCCCCUAUGACUAUAAUCGUGUUUCUCUCUCUCACGGAGGAACUGAUGACUACAUCAAUGCCAGUUUUAUUGAGGGUUACAAGGAAUCCAACAAAUACAUUGCAGCUCAAGGACCCAAGGAAGAGACAGUUGGAGAAUUCUGGACAAUGAUCUGGGAGCAGAAGAGUUCGAUUAUUGUCAUGGUAACCCGUUGUGAAGAAGGAAAUAAGAACAAAUGUGCUCAGUACUGGCCCUCACUGGAGAGAGAAACAGAGAUUUUCGAGGAUUUGGUUGUGAAAAUCAAAGGAGAGGAAACCUGUCCAGAUUACAUCAUCCGCCACCUGACCCUGAUGAACCGUAAAGAGAAAUCAGCAGAACGAGAAGUCACUCACAUCCAGUUCACCAGCUGGCCCGACCACGGUGUCCCGUCUGAUCCCGGCCUUCUCCUUAAACUCCGCCGCAGAGUCAAUUCCUUCAAGAACUUCUUCAGCGGGCCCAUCGUCAUUCACUGCAGUGCCGGAGUUGGACGCACAGGGACCUACAUCGGUAUCGAUGCCAUGAUUGAGAGUCUGGAGGCAGAAGGACGUGUGGACAUUUAUGGAUAUGUGGUGAAACUUCGCCGCCAAAGAUGUCUCAUGGUCCAAGUGGAGGCCCAGUAUGUGCUCAUCCACACGGCGCUGAUCGAGUAUAGUCAGUUUGGCGAGACGGAAAUGCCACUCUCAAACUUCCACUCGGAGGUCAACAUACUCCGACAGAAAGAGGGGAGCGAUCAGUCUUUAAUAGAGAUGGAGUUUCAGAAACUUCCCAAAUUCAAAAACUACAGGUCGGCCAACACGGCGCGUUCUGAGGAGAACAAGAAUAAAAACCGUUCUUCUAUCGUGCCAUACGACUUUAACAGAGUCCCAAUUAAAGUGAAUGAUGAAGCCAGUCAUGACAGCGAGGCUGAGGAUGAGGAUGAAUAUUCCUCAGAUGAAGAUGAUGAAAUCCCCACCAAAUACAUCAACGCCUCCUAUGUGGAUGGAUACUGGAGCUCGGGUAGCUUCAUUGCUGCACAAGGACCAAUGCCUGACACGGUUGUGGACUUUCUGCACAUGCUUUACCAGAAACGGGUUAAAACUGUGUUCAUGCUCACGGACUGCACUGAGAAUGAAAAAGAGUUCUGCUCCCAGUACUGGGAUGAUGAGAAGAAAACAUUCGGUGAAUUAGAGGUGGAGGUCAAAGAGACUGAAAACUGUCCUACGUAUGUCAAGCGGUGCCUGGAAAUACAGCACACAAAGAGGAAAGACAGCCACACGUUGGAGCAGUACCACUUCCUGAAAUGGGCGGGGCACGAGCUGCCACCCAACCCUCUCGACCUGGUCGAAAUGAUGAGGAAAGUCAGACAGGACAGUGAUACGAAGAACAGUGACGUUCCCAUUGUAGUACACUGCAAUGAUGGUUCUUCACGCUCUGGAGUCUUCUGCGCCUUGUGGAAACUCCUGGACGCCGCAGACACGGAGAAACUGGUGGACGUCUUCCAGGUGGCCAAGGACCUGCGCAAGGCUCGGCUAGGCGUCAUCAACAGCGUGGACCAGUAUGACUUCCUGUAUGGCGCGCUGGAGGCUGCGUACCCCAUCCAGAAUGGCGAGGUGAAGAAGCCUGCCGAACCCACUGAAGACACUGUGCAGGUUAUUAAUGAAUCCACAGCACUGAUCAGUCCUAGCACAGACGCUGCUUCAAAGGAAGAAAGUCCCAAGGAAAGCACUGACCCACCUCCACCUGAAGAGGGAGCCACUGAGGCUGAGGCCAGCAGCGAGCCAGAGAAAACCCCUAGUGAAAACACCACUAACGGUCCCACUGCAACUAUAGAGGUUUAAAACUGUUCAAUUAUUACGGCUUAUUUUUAUUUCACGUUUUUUGUUUUCUAAACAAAUAAGCAAACUAAUAAACAAACAAACAAAUAACCAGAAAAACACAAAAAAAAAUGUUUUUGUAAUUAAAGACUUUAUUCAACUCUGUAAAAAACUUAAAAUGGAUUUUUUCUCAUUUUUAUUACAUUGACUUUUAUAGUUUUUUUGUAUUUAACUAUAGUUUUAAUUUAAUUAACAGUAAACAAGGGGAUAAACAUUUAUUCAUGUUAGCAAUUCCCAUUUAUGAGUCUGUGAGAAACAACAAGCGCCAGUGUUAAACUGUUUUUGGUGUCCAGUCUCUACCACAUGCCAAGACAUCAAAAUGCCAAGACGUCAGACUGGUUGCAUGCGUUUACUCCGAAAUCUCUUUGAAUUCUGUAUUUAAAUCCAAAAUUGUUUUUUGGUAUGAACAUAUAUUUGAAAUGUUCACUUCAGAAAUGCUCGCUUUUAAAACGCUGUCAUUUUUUUCAUCUAAAAACUGCAUGCUUGAAUGUAAUGUAAAUGAAAAUGUUUGCCAAUGUAUAUCUAUAUAUAUCUGAAGAUUUUUUUAACAGCUAAGUUAUAAAAUUGCGAAUGUAUUCAUGAACAGGAAUAUUAUAUGCAAAGAUUUCUUUGCACUACAAUUCUGUCUUCAAACUAUCUAAAUGGUAUGAUUCUCGAUCAUUAAAAUCUGAUAGACUUAUGGCUUUCCUAUUUUGUUUUUCAACUGCACAAAAACGAAUAAAGAAUUGAAAUACUGUA